AUGGCUUCCAUGUUCGAGCAGCCCAGAAACGGCACCCUUUUCCUGGGUGGCCAAAAGAUCUCCGGAUCUGAUAUUAGAGACCAGAACGUGCUUGCUACACAGGCCAUUGCCAAUGUUGUUAAGAGUUCUUUCGGCCCCAGCGGCCUCGACAAGAUGAUGGUGGACGAUAUCGGUGAUGUUACUGUCACAAACGACGGUGCUACAAUUCUCAGCCUUCUCGACGUCGAGCACCCUGCCGGAAAGAUUCUCGUUGACCUUGCGCAACAACAAGACAAGGAGGUUGGUGACGGUACUACCUCUGUCGUUCUGAUCGCCGCCGAACUGCUACGCCGCGGAAACGAGCUCAUGAGGAACCGGAUACACCCUACCACUAUCAUUACCGGAUACCGACUUGCCCUACGAGAGGCUAUCAAGUACCUGAACGAGAAUGUUAGCAUCAAGGUUGAGGAUCUUGGCCGCGAAUCCCUCAUCAACAUUGCCAAGACAUCCAUGUCCAGCAAAAUUAUUGGAGCCGACUCAGAGUUCUUCUCCAACAUGGUCGUCGAUGCUAUGCAGGCUGUCAAGUCCACCAACAACCGAAACGAGACCAAGUACCCCGUCAAGGCUGUCAACAUUCUCAAGGCCCAUGGCAAGAGCACUCUCGAAUCCGUUCUCGUUAAGGGUUACGCCUUGAACUGCACUGUCGCCUCGCAGGCUAUGCCCACACGAAUUCAGGAUGCCAAGAUUGCCGUCUUGGACAUGAACUUGCAAAAGGAGCGUAUGAAGCUUGGUGUUCAGAUUACUGUUGACGACCCUCAACAACUUGAACAGAUCCGAGCUCGCGAGGCAGGCAUGGUUCUUGACCGAGUGGAGAUGAUCCUCAAGGCUGGUGCCAACGUUAUCCUCACAACAAAGGGCAUUGACGACUUGGUUCUUAAGACUUUCGUCGAGAAGGGUGCUAUGGGUGUUCGAAGAUGUAAGAAGGAGGAUCUUCGACGAAUUGCACGAGCUACCGGUGCCACCAUGCUCAGCACACUCUCUGACCUUAACGGUGAUGAGAAGUUCGAACCCUCAUACCUUGGAUACGCCGAGGAGGUUGUCCAAGAGCGCAUCUCCGACGAUGAGUGCAUCCUUGUCAAGGGUACCAAGGCUUACUCUUCCGCAUCUUGCAUUCUCCGUGGCCCCAACGACUUCACACUCGACGAGAUGGAGCGAUCCGUUCAUGACUCACUGUGCGCUGUGAAGCGUACUCUUGAGAGUGGCAGCAUCGUUCCCGGUGGUGGUGCCGUCGAGACAGCUCUUCACAUCUACCUCGAGGAGUUUGCCGGCACCGUUGGCUCCCGAGAGCAGCUCGCCAUUGGCGAGUUUGCGCAGUCCCUUCUUGUCAUUCCCAAGACCCUGGCUGUCAACGCCGCCAAGGACGCUGCAGAGCUCGUCGCCCAGCUUCGAUCAAGGCACGCCCUGUCACAGCGUAUUCAGGAGGGUGACGGCAGUGAGGAUGAGAAGACCAUUGCACGAAAGAAGGGUUACAAGAACUACGGCCUGGAUCUCGCCAAGGGCAAGGUCGUCGACGAGAUCAAGAUCGGUGUCCUAGAGCCUAGCAUGAGCAAGGUCCGACAGCUGAAGAGUGCCGUCGAGGCCUGCAUCAGCAUCAUGCGUAUUGAUACCCUUAUCAAGUUGGAUCCUGAGCAAAGGGAGGACGACGGACACGGUCACUAA